ACCGUUUUGUCACCAAACAAGGGGGUGCGUCACACGACACAACAUCGAAGAAGAGCAUCCGCAGAAAGCAUCACGCUUUCUUUAGCUACGAUUACGAAUAUCCUUUUUAAGUUUUACCCCCUACCUCUACCCCUACCCUUCCUUAUUUAUUACUCUCCUCCAUCCUUUCACCUUCUUUGCUCUGUGUUUGCUUAGAUCACACUCGAUAAAUCUGACCCCAAUCUCAAUCUCUAAUCACUUUGUCACUCAACUGCAAGAAUGGCGACAAAGAAGAGUGUUGCUUCUCUCAAGGAAGCUGAUCUCAAGGGAAAGAGGGUGUUCGUUAGGGUUGAUCUCAACGUUCCAUUGGAUGACAAUUUCAACAUCACUGAUGACACUAGAAUCAGAGCCGCCGUUCCCACCAUCAAAUACUUGAUGGCUUCUGGUGCCAAACUCAUCCUCUCUUCUCAUCUGGGACGUCCAAAGGGUGUCACGCCAAAGUACAGCCUAAAGCCUCUUGUGCCAAGACUUUCUGAACUCCUUGGAGUUGAGGUGAAGAUGGCAAACGAUUGUAUUGGAAAUGAAGUCGAGAAACUGGUGGCUGAAAUAUCAGAGGGAGGUGUUUUGCUUCUGGAAAAUGUGAGAUUUUAUAAAGAAGAAGAGAAGAAUGACCCCGAAUUUGCAAAGAAGCUUGCAUCUCUUGCAGACUUAUAUGUAAAUGAUGCAUUUGGCACUGCACAUAGAGCCCAUGCUUCCACUGAGGGAGUAGCUAAGUACUUGAAGCCUUCAGUUGCUGGAUUUCUUAUGCAAAAGGAGCUUGACUAUCUAGUUGGAGCUGUAGCGAAUCCCAAGAAGCCAUUUGCUGCGAUUGUUGGUGGCUCAAAGGUAUCAAGUAAGAUCGGAGUGAUCGAGUCAUUAUUGGAGAAGGUUGACAUCCUCCUCCUAGGUGGAGGGAUGAUUUUUACUUUCUACAAGGCUCAAGGGCAUUCUGUUGGUUCAUCGCUUGUCGAGGAGGACAAGCUUGAACUUGCAACAAAACUUCUUGAGAAGGCCAAGUCUAAAGGGGUGUCACUGAUGCUUCCAUCCGAUGUAGUUGUUGCUGACAAGUUCGCUGCUGAUGCCAACAGCAAGGUAGUUCCAGCAUCUGCUAUUCCUGAUGACUGGAUGGGAUUGGAUAUUGGACCUGAUUCAAUCAAGGCAUUCGGCGAAGCUUUGGACACUACCAAAACCAUCAUCUGGAAUGGACCAAUGGGUGUGUUUGAGUUUGAGAAGUUUGCAGUGGGAACAGAGGCGAUAGCAAAAAAAUUGGCAGACCUUAGUGGUAAGGGAGUGACAACAAUUAUUGGAGGAGGUGACUCUGUAGCAGCUGUUGAGAAGGCUGGCCUUGCAGACAAGAUGAGCCAUAUCUCUACUGGAGGCGGUGCCAGCUUGGAGCUUCUUGAGGGAAAACCACUUCCUGGAGUUCUCGCUCUUAAUGAUGCUUGAGUGGAGUUCUACCCGUUUUUCUUACGUACAUCUCUUCAGCUGUUGUGUGUGGGUUUUAACCCCAGUGGAUUUGAAACAUAUAAGAGCUGGACUUGUAGAGUUUUAGAUCAGGCUUGAAUAAGUAUUCAUGUGGGCAUGACUUAAAUAUGCAUCGCUGAGUAUUAGAAUACUCUUUUUGGUACAAUGUUGUUGAUCCUUACAUGUAUCGAUAUAUGUUGAUUUUGGCAAAUCUUUGUUAAAAUUCCAACGGGAAAGAGCUGGAAGUGUGAUUGAAGUUUCUGUUAUCUUUUGAUUUAUGUAGCUGCAGCUAGUAUUUCUUCUCUUGUGAAAUUCGUACCAAAUAGUUGCACAACGUUUGAGCAUGUGCUUUUUCAUGGUGACUUAAAAGUGUCAGUAAGGUAUCUGUAUG